CAGUCGAAUAUGAACAAGUAAUAUUAGCUGCCACGCGAUUUGCAUAAUUCAUACUAAUCAAUCUUCGAUUUAUUACGCAAAUGUUUGUGCAUAAGUUACAUUUUUUUUUAUUUUCUGAGUCGAGUAUAAUAACUUAAAUAGACUUGAAUUGUGCAUUCGCAUGUUCAAAUUACUAAUGGUACUUCGAAAAUGAAAUCUUCGCAACUAACUGAUUGUGAGCCGGGGAGGAGAGCAUGGGCCACCGGGGGUUGCCUAGCUACCGCGGAGGUCGCUUAGUGGCCUUGACGGAGCGCGGGGCGAUCGUACCGGCAGUGAACGGAGGUCAUUUAGUGGCCUUGGCGGGGCGCGGACGACCAACUGAAUCGGGAGAGUGGAAGUUACGCGGCACGUGACAGCUGCAAAAAAGCAAUCUUCUUCUAUCUCGAAUAUUUCAGGAUCAAUCGAUUAAUUCUUUCGUUCAUCGUCAAUUACUUUUUAAUGAGUAGAGUUAGAAGGAAAUUGCAUUGGACCUUUCUUGUAUCUGAUAACUACAGCUUUUGUUGGAGAACUUUUUUUGCAAUACAAAUUUUUCUUAAUUACUCUGACGCUUUAGCCAGAAUUUUUCAAAUCAUCGAGGGGAGAUUCUCCUGGUUUGGCGGCUGCUUUUAAAUCUCGUCUAUGAUAACUCUGACUCUGCGCAAUGCGCACUUCUAUUCUUCAUUGCGUUGAAUUGUAUAUAUGGAAUGGCUUUAAGCAUGGUCAGCGUCAGCAUUAGACAGUAAACAUUAUUAUUUACAUGUUAAUUUCAACAAUCUGUGUAAAAACGGACAGAUAUAAACAUGGCUACAUCCUCAGACGUUGCUAAGAUCAGACUAGAAAGAUACUUGACCAUGCCAUUGGCACAGAGAUGCAAGGAAAUAGCGACGUUAAUAGACGAAUCCAGUACAACAGAGUUACAACACAUUUUUCCAAUAUUGAUAGACUCAUUAUUUUGCAUUGGUUGGGGUAGCAAGAUUGGUUGGGGUUUACGUACUAUUACUUUCAAAAAGAAUCCACAGGAAUAUGAAACACUGUGUAAUUUCUUACAUCCGCAAGGACCAGUUUUUUCUGUGUGUUACAAACUACUUCAAGACUCUUAUUUGAAGUACAACUUUCCAAUUUAUUAUCUACCAGCAAAAAUACAAUCGAUGUUAAAGGAAGGUAUGAUACCACCUUUUUAUCUGGACAAGAUUAGAGAUGAUCAAGGCACACGUGGGGUGUCUGCUCUAAGCAUGAAUCCCUUCGAGUAUUACAUCUUUCACUUCGCAUAUCAUCUGACAAAUCCUUGGAUGCAAGAACAUCAACAAGAGAAUGUUUGGGUCAAUUGGGAAACUGUAUAUGUUCAAUUAGCACACUGUUAUUUGUAUCAUUUUCUACCGAGAGAUAAUUCUCCGGUUUUACCAAUUAUAGGGCCAUACAUUAGAAAAACAUCUCAACGAAAAUUAAUACAGUCACCUGAAUCUAAAAGAAUGCAAACGCCACGACUUUUGAGAACCUCGAUAUUGUCGCCAGGAUCGCCGAAUUCCACGAGCGUACCGCAGCAACAAUGUUUACCACAAGUUUGGCGAAGCGAGACAGUGGUUCAAGUAUUUCUUGAUUUUUGGGUUGAUUAUGUGGAAGAUGAUCAAGUAAAUUCACGAUUAAAUUCAAUGUACUACGUGUCCGUCCCACGUCGGUGCAGCAUCCAUUCUGGAGAACAUAUACGUCUGGUGAGGGCGUUUAUAAAAACGUUGCACGAAUUCGCGAACAGCGCGACAGGCGAUAAAAGUGCAAUGGAUGAGCUCAAACGGAUAAUUUUACCAUCCGUUCAAGGCAAAAUCUACACAUUCCUUAGAAAAGCUAUAUAUCAUUGGCCUCUGGAUAGUUCAUUUAGAUUAAUCCUUGAAGCAUGGUUAAGCUUCAUUCAACCAUGGAGAUAUCUUCCUGGUAUAACGUAUACCAAAGAAGGUAAAUUAGAAGAAGAAGAAAGAGGAAAAAUUCAUGACGAAUCCAGAUGGAUGCCUUUCAUUGCGAACAAUCUGUUAGCUUAUACGGCAAUAUUCCAACAAUUGCUUCCACGAUUUAUGAUAACAGAUCUAGUAGCUCCAAAAAAUGCAUUGAUGUUGUUUAGAGUUACAAAAGUUUUUUCGCAACCAUACUUAGGUAAAAUAAUAUGCGAAAUAGAAAGUCACAUGGAUGACGUAGGUUUCAGCAGAAGUCGCAUGUCGACGAACCUAUGGACCUCAAUUGUGCGACAGCAAAUUUUGGAGCUCGAAGGACCGACGUAUCAAUACGUUCCAAUGUUUUCUACGGCUACUGCUUCACAGGUCGUAUCUUUAUUGACCACAAUUAAACAAGCUCACGUAACAGCAACUAGUUUAGUUGAUGCAUUGGAAAAGAGAAGGAAGAAUAGAGGAUUUUUGUUAGCAGUAUGGGAAUUCUUCAAUGGUGAAGAUCACUGUUCGGACGAUAUUAGUAUAGAAGAACGACGUCGUGUUCCUGUUUAUCUAGCGAAUGCACAUCAACAAUUAAUCGAAAUUUUACAGAUUCAAGUAGAAGACAUUCCUGAAGUAUCUAUCAAAGCCGAUGAAGAAUAUCAUGACAGCAUUCUAUCCACGUCGUUUUGUCAUCAAUCACAGUUGGACUCUAGCUUAGAUACAAGUAAACCAGGUGUAUUUGUACCUAUUCAAAAAGAUAGACAAACUUGUCAAUAUAUCGAGUAUUUAGGAGAUCCCGAAUUGCAACCAGUUCGAAGUACCGAAUGUGGAGUCCUAGUUAAAUAUUUUUAUAAAUUGUGUACACAUAUAAACUUGAAGUACCAGCAACAGAUAACUAGGAUGUACCACCGGCCAGGCUUUUUCGGCAGCAUAUGUCGACAAAUUCUACAACCACCGACGAAAGUAGUAAAAUUACAGAAACGAACGCAGAACGGAUUGUCCAGCAGAUACGAGGAACGUAUCCCCCCUCGGUUGAGUUUACGACCGCUGGCUAAUUAUAGUUUGCUUGUAACCAUAAGUUUCGGCAUAUUUAUGGUUUGGCUUACAAAUUACGGAAUCAUCACGUUUCUCGGAUUGGCUGUUUGUCUGUGGUCCGUGUACAUAAUAAUACGUGCAACGUUGGAGCCAUUGACACGAGCGAACAGAAAUACCUUUAGAGCCAGUACCACGACGUUUUCUAUGAACUGACUCAUCCGUGAAAUUAUUGUUUGAGACCCGAGACAUGUACCAUUGUACAAUAUUCCAAAUACAUAUAAAUUUAUACGCGCAUUGUAUUGUUUCAUGUUGAAUGUAAUUUAAAUUUGACUUAAUAAAAGGCUAUAUAUUUUCUAAGAG